UUGUUCUCAAGUAUUUGUUUCUUGUAAAAAAAAUUACGGUGAAGGCACAUUGUCAAAGUUUCAUUUUAUUCCUUUUUUAUUCUUUUUUUAUUUACACAUUGCAAGACAUUCUCACACUGCAAACGCAUCCAUUUUUUGCACUAUUAUUUAUUAUUUUUCUCAUAUGGAUUAUACCCAAACAACAAUAGCAACACCACCACUGCCGCCGUCGUUGACUCCGGCCAUGGACGACCCGCUCUCACAACUAAGCAUAGUGCUGUCCUCAGAGCACGACGCUGUCGAGCAAGUAUGUAAGCUCCACACAGAGUCCUCCGACAUCCGAGGCAGCCUCCGCCUCUUCGACACAGCCUACCUCGAUGUUCUCAGUUUCCUGCACGCUCAAUCCACAAACAAAGACUCACACGAGACUAGCAGCAUACUGAGUUCACAAAAGGGGCUUUUGCAAAAGCUUUCCGAAAUAGCAAUGCAGGAAGAGGCGCCGAUGACACUGGAAGCGGAAGCAGCAGCUGCAUGGGUGCUCGCAGACUGCGUGGAUCAGCUGAGCGACAGUGAAGGAAUAUGCACGCGCCUGGGAAGAAUAGUAGGCCAAGUUUUGGCAACCAGGGUUGGGGAAAGCAAGGAGACGGAAGCAUUGCGCCAGUUGCUCAGGGCAACGGGGAUGCGCGAGGGCCCGUGGCUUGACAGCCUUCUAGUAGUGGUGUGUGAGGCCAUAGUUGAGCUGGCGGAUAAUGACAUUCAAGGGCAGGCGUUGCGGAGAAGCUCCCAGCUGCUCUGCUUGCUAGCCCAGCUGCUCGAAGACUAUAGUGCAUAUGCCCUUCGGGUCAUGUCAUCCGUUGAUUCGCUGCGGCGAAUGGCACGGCACGUUAUCAAGCUAUUGAGUGAUUCGCAUCCGGCAGUAUCCGCCCCCGCACUACACGUGCUUGCCCGACUCCUUCUCACCCCCGUGGUAAGCGGAAGGCCGACUACGCUGAGCAUUUUGGGCGACAGUUUGCGUGGAAAGCUCUUUGACGAGGCGCACCUGGCCCGCACCGUCCUACUCGUCUCUGACCUGUGUCAGAACUGCAACGGCAGCGACAAGCAGGAGGACUUUUUGGUGCUGGAAGCUGCCAGUGGGAUUAUAGCGUGUGUUGCGCAGAGUCAGAGUGCAGCUGAUAGACGCGGGUUCUUUGAGAUGACGGAGAUGGCCAGGGCGCUGGAUCACCUUGUGGGGGUGGCGCGCAUUGACCGCCGGUACAUCCAUCCGCUGGUGAGUAUAAUCAACCAUGUUGUCAGGGAGGGCGGGUCGUCGCCACUGGUUGUGGCGAUGUGCACGGACAGAGGCGAUGAUUUCGCGGGGUCAAUUGUCGCUGAGGUGUUUGAUAUUGUGGGGUCAGGCAUCGAGGACAUCCCGUACACGCAGCCGCACUUUGGCUUGGCAGCAUCAGCGGGAGGCCAACAGCAGACAUGGCCCAGGGUAUCCAGCGACGAGAGCGGCGGCGGAUGGCUCGUGCAAAGCACUGUGAGGCAGAGGCAGGGUGUAAUUGAGUUUCUUGCGAAUGCGCUGCGCUUGAGCUGUGAGGCGCAAGGGAGCGGAAGCGGCAACGUGAGGGAGCUCAUGCAGGCCAUAGCGCAGGUAUUGGAAUCCAGAUCGAUUGGCUUCUGGCGCACUCAGGGCGAAGAGGAUGUGGCGACAAUCAAGAAUCUGCUGGGCAUGCACUACUGGACUGUAAGGCCGGUGCUGGAAUUGGCCAUAGAGCUGGCUCGAGUGUCGCCCCAGUUUGAGACAUUCUGGGUGCCGUGGCUGAACGAGGCGGAUGCUGGCAAGUGGGCUGCCGAGGUGUGUCGCACUGUGACAGAGUGCCCACAGGAGAUACUCAGCCAGGCAAUCCACCGGGAUAUUAUGAAUGCCUCUGUAUCUGACGAUAUAUCUGUGGCAGCAAACAGCAAGCUUAGCAUUCCUGCAGCUGUUGUUGUGCCUAAUGUUGCCACGCCUGCUGCGUCUACCCACUCGUCGUCGGGUACCGCCUCUCCGCAGCCGCCUGCGACGACGUUGGUGCCCAUGGUCAUUGGCAUUGAUGCCAUGCGUGCAGCUAAUCUUCCAGAGCCAGUUGCUGAUGUGGACGAAUUUCCGGACAACACCGCCGAUGUUCUUCAGAGCGUUGUGCUAAAGCAGUGGCUGCGCAUUAGCGAAGCCGAGAUUGCCGCCAGAGUGAUCUCUCUCGAUCCCAUGGCACCUACUGUUUACAGCGUUGUUGACCAGGCGCGUCGCAGCCUUUUGGGUGGAUUGGAUGCUCUGCAACUUGGAAUCGCGGCUACACAGGCUCUGCGCCACAGACAUGCCGUAGCCGCGCACCAGCUGCAGUCUGAUUACACGGCCCUACUUUUGAGCGAGCAAGAGGCCCGCGAAGAGACCGAAGAAGAAAUAACCGAGUUGCAGCAAAAAAUGGCAUCAGCCAGUUAUCUUCAGGAGCAAGCAAAGCAGGAACUCAUGGAGCUGUCUGCUCGGCUGCAAAAUACUGAGUCGGAUGCAUCUGAGUGGAAGCGCGAGUGUGUUGAGACUCGAGGGCUGCUUGAGACAGCCGAGGAAAAGGCAAGGGAGGUUGCGGCGCUGAGGGAAAACGUCGGCGGUUUGGAGCGCGCGCUAGGGGAUGCUGUGGCUCGCUUACGCAUUUUGGAGAUGCAGGCUUUGGCUGAGCGUGCUGUGGGUGAGGAGCUGCGCGGGAAGAACGCGGCUAUGGCUGCGCAUUUGGCCGAGUACGUGAAAGUCACCGAGUCGAUGAACAAUCUGUCUCGCCUGCAGCACAAUUAAAUUUUAUUUAUUCAAAUAAUAUAUACACAUAUGCGAC